AUGCAACACAAAAUACAUGUCCAUCAUGUCAUGCGACCCAAGUCUUUUGUACGUGAUUGCAUGAUGCUUUUGUCAAAGCCUUGGCUCGAGCUUUUUUGGCCGACACAGCUGAGGCACCUUGGCCAAAGAGUUACACGAAGAACGGAGCAGCAGACAGACAGAGGCACGAUGUUCCUAGCCGAAGGGAUGCUCUUGGUUCCAGUUGUGCCUGUUUGCAUCGUUGCGAUGCCAGGUCUCCCGGCGCCGGAGACACCCAUGGAGAACAUCAACUUGAGCUAUGAGGAGGUCAGAGCAUUGUGCAGGUCUAUGGGCCUGCGCAUGACUGGUCCUUAUCCGAUUCUUGAGGAGAUCGCGUCGAUCCUUUGCGAAGAGAUUGGCGCGAUCAAAGUUCUAAUCUCCGCGGAAAGGGAGUUGAAAAACUCCUUUGACCUGGGAGUGGAAGAGAGGAAGAAUCUGGCCAUCUCGAUGCGGGAUUGGGCUACUAGCUCCAUAUGGGCUAUCUGGAAUUGGGAAGUGGAAGAAAGGCUGAAAUCAGGAAGCAAGAGCAGAUUGCUCUCUUCAAUCCUUGAAAGGUUCAUUUUCUUUGACAGUCCGCCAGGGCAGCGGGGCAGCGCGCCCCAGAUUGGCCGUUUGCUGGGCGGGCUACGCAAAGCCCUCAAGAAAGUUGUGGACGGCGAGGUCCCAUUUGUGAAUGCGAGACUUCAGGGAUACUUUCAACAAUUUCUACAGAUGCAGGACAGCGCAGCUUUGCGCAAGGUUCAACUCUUCCAGCGUGUCAUGAGGAGCGCAAGUACUCAGAAGCACCUGGUGCUUGAUAUCUUGUCCCAGUGGCAUCAACGCGCACUUUUGACCAGAUGGCGGCAGCCACUGGGCCCGGUUGGCGUGGAGGGAAUCCUUCAAAACAUUGAGCAGAACAUCCGUUGGUAUGUGAGCCAGCUGGAGGAGCUAACAUUGAGUGAAACAGACAACGUUGCUGAGGCAAGCGAUGUAUCUACCAGUGCGACAGAGAGCGCUGGUGAAGAGUCCGCAGAGGCCCCAGGCGGGCCGCCUGAGCCGGUGGCAUUGCCAGCUGUGGUGGUGGCCCGCCGCCGGUGGGCGGAUCUGGCGGACGAUGAAAGCGAUGGAGAUUUGUGGUAA